GUACGUGCGUGUCACUGUUGACGUUGUCACCUUAGAAAAAUUUACCUGACCGCGCGCGAGUUUUGCGAAGUAAAAAUCGCAACUCGCAACCAUAGAACAUUCAUUAUUUACACUGCACAAUUGUUGUAAUUAUUUCCUACGAACACUGUACCGUGUCGAUCAUCCGCCGCCGUCGCGUUAAUAGUAAUAAUAAUAAUAAUAAUACAACAUCGUUAUAUGGGUAUAAUAUAUAUGUGUAUGUGUAAUUAUAUUUAUAAAUAAUUUCCAACACUGCAUUGUGUGCCCCCGGGACGUCUCUCACUCGCGUUAUCGGUAUUUUCGUUUAUUAUUAAACCGUGUCGUCGUUUAAAUCACGAUUGCAGUGGUACGUCAAAUUAAUAGUCGUAAAAUUUGCUUAUCGCCGUCUUCAACGCGAUACGAGCAACAGCCGGCUCAAGUAGUGGAAGGAGGAGGAAGUUACGAGAGUUAUUUGGAUUUCGUACUUUCAUAGCCGGUUCUACAAUCCACCGCCGCCGACCGCCGGCCGUCAGUCGCCGCUCGCAUUAGUAGCAGUUUUCGCGUACGAGUGCCGUCGUCCCGCGCGAAUCACGAUAAGUGUUAGUAUUGUCGUCGCUGUCGGUUCGUCUGUCUAAACUUUCACAGUGGCAAAAGUACGUUGCUGACUCGGCCCCCGCAGCGUAUUGUGUCCGACGAGAUAACAAGAUUGUUUUCUGUGUUGCUUCGACAUCUGACGAAAAGUACUUAUUUAAUUCAUUAUGAGUGAUGAUGGUGAUAUUAUUCCAAGUGUUAUGCAAAAUGGUGGAAGUCAAUACAAAAUAAAAGAGAAUUCAUUUUUACCUAGUGCAGUUGUUGAAAAUAACACAAAAAUGAGUUUUGAAAACUCAAAACCAGCAGAAAAUUAUGGGCCAGACCAAGUUUUACCUGCUUCACAAAAAUAUACAAGUGAAGCAAAUGGCCGAGUUACUUUAAGAAUUGAACCUGGUGCAGAUAACACUCCCAUAUCUGUACCUGGACUUUUGACUAGAGCUGCUGAAAAAUAUGGAGAUCUUCCUGCAUUAAAUUAUAAAUCGGCCAAUAAAUGGGUCAAAGUUACAUACAAAGAAUAUGAACAUAAUGUACGAACUGUUGCCAAAGCAUUUAUAAAGUUGGGCCUUGAAAGAUUUCAUGGCGUUUGUAUAAUUGGUUUUAAUUCUCCAGAAUGGUUUUACUCCGACUUGGGUGCCAUUUACGCUGGUGGUUUUGCUGCUGGAAUGUAUACAACAAAUCUUGUGGAUGCUUGUUUCCACUGUUUAGAGACAAGUAAAGCAAAUAUUGCUGUAGUUGAAGAUAGCAAGCAAUUGGAAAAAAUACUAUCAGUCAAAAGUCGUUUACCCCACUUGAAAGCUAUCAUUCAGUAUGAAGGCAAACCUACAGAAGAGGGUGUUUUAUCUUGGGAAGAUGUAAUGAGAAUUGGAUCAGCUGAAUCUGAUGACAAAUUAAAUGCUAUAUUGAAAACCAUGGGAGUUAAUGAGUGCUGUACAUUAGUUUUUACGUCUGGAACUGAAGGUGCAUCAAAAGCUGUCAUGGUUAGUCAUGAUAAUCUCACAUACAAUGCAUAUAUGAUCACAAAAUUUUUGUCCUUAGUUGAUGGCAAGGAAGUUCUUGUAUCAUAUUUACCUUUAAGUCAUGUAGCAGCACAGAUUACUGAUAUAUAUAGUGCGAUCACUUUAGGGGCUCAAGUAUAUUUUGGUGAAAAAGACGCUUUAAAGGGUUCUUUAGUGAACACACUCCAAGCUGCUAGACCUACAGUCUUUUUGGGCGUUCCUCGUGUUUGGGAAAAAAUUAAUGAAAAAUUAGUGAGUAUUGGCCGAAAAUCGGGUUCAUUAAAGAAAUACAUUGCUGAUUGGGCUAAAGAAGUUGGUUUAAAUCAUUAUGAAGAUGCAAUGAAAGGAGUUGACAGAGAAACAUACUCAUAUAAAUUCUUCAGAUGGUUAAUAUAUAGUCGUAUCAAAAGUGCUAUUGGUUUCGAUAGAUGCAAAUAUUUUAUUUCAGCUGCUGCCCCUAUAUCAGUGGAACUUAAGAAAUAUUUUAUGAGUUUAGACAUACCUUUAUGCGAAGCAUUUGGAAUGUCUGAGUGUGGAGGUGCACAUACACUGAGUAAUCCAACUGACGAGAAUGUUGCUGGUGUUGGAAAAACAUUAGAAGGAGUUAGUUCAAAAAUCGACAAACCCGAUAAGGAUGGUAAUGGCGAGUUGUGUGUUAAUGGACGUCACGUGUUUAUGGGUUAUUUGAAUAUGCCAGAUAAAACUGAGAGUACCUUAGACAGUGAUGGAUGGCUUCAUUCUGGUGAUAUUGCCCAAAUAGAUGAUAAAGGAUAUGUUACUAUUACUGGAAGAAUAAAGGAAUUAUUAAUAACAGCAGGCGGAGAGAACAUUCCUCCUGUAUUAAUCGAAAAUAAUGUUAAAGCUGAAUUACCAGUUGUUAGCAAUGCUUUCUUAAUAGGAGACAAGAGAAAAUUUUUAUCCAUACUGUUAUCUCUAAAGUGUGAAGUACAUGCUGAAACUGCUGAGCCACUUGAUACUUUAACACCUGAAGUGAUUUCAUGGCUAUCAUCACUUAAUUGUAAGUUUACCAAAGUGUCCGAAGUCGUAGCAAAUAAACCUAAAGAAGUUCUUGAUGCCAUACAAAAAGGCAUUGAUGCAGCAAACAAGAAAGCUAUAUCUAAUGCACAGAAAAUCCAGAAGUUUACAAUUCUACCUGUUGAUUUCUCUUUGCCUACUGGUGAAUUAGGUCCUACAUUAAAAAUCAAGCGUCCAGUAGUAAACGAAAAAUACAAAGAUUUAAUCGAAGAGUUCUAUAAGAACUGAUAAACUGCAUUAGUUAAAGAUAAUUUUUGUUUAUGUUACUCAAUAAAUAAUAUACUAUACAAGAAAAGAAAAUUAAAAACAAACAAAUUGUUCACACAUGGUGUUUGAAUCAACAGUUCUCUUUAAUUUUGUACCAGUUUAACAUCUGCAAACCUGUAAGAUUUUUUUUUUUGAAAUUGUAUAUCUCCUUCUUUAUCCCUUGAAACUAUUGUUGUUGUACUUAAAUAUGAGUAAGUUAUUUUUUAUUAUAUUUUCUGUUACCUUGUGAUCUGAAUUUCUGUACGUCUUUGUGUACAAAAUUUGUUUUCUGUAGGUAACUAUUAUCAUUUUAAUUUAAUUAUUUUAAAUAGACAAGUUAUUAUUGUUUUAGUAGAAAUAUUUUUAUUGUGAUAUUUUUUUUCAAACAAAACAAUUAGAAAUUUUAUAAAAUAUUUUAGUUGAAUAUUAUUUAAAAUUAAGUUAAUUAAUUGGUGAUAAAAUUAAUAAACAUAACAUUAAUUGUUAUUUUAAUGUGUGUGCACAUAUAUACUUAUUAAAAGACAACAAACUUGUUGUACGGUUUCACGUAUAAACCGUGAUAAUAUUGUCAAUUCUUCUUAAUGUAAUAUUGUGUUACUUGUAACAAUUAUACUUUUAUGAUUUUACAUAAUAAUAUACAUAAUUCUAUGUGUAUAGUAUCAAUUAUGUGAAUUUUAUUUGUUGAAUUAUGUAUCAAUCGUAUAUAUUUUCAAAUGAAAAUCGUGCAACAAAGUUGUCUUAAUUUUUUGUAUUUGAACCAUGGAAGAACUGUUUAAUCUUUAAUUUAAUUUUUUUAGUCUGGUUUUACUUGUUAAAUUAUUUUGAAUCUGUUAUUGGUAUGAAUCUUAUUUUGCGUGACUGCCCAUCAUAUGUACUCAAUAAACUGCUUAACCAAU